AUAGGUUUUUCAGCAUCUGGACAACAGGUGUAAGGUUCACAAGGAUGCCAUAAACUUUUGUCAGGAUAUUCUUUCACGAAAAUCGGUUGAUUGGGAACCUGUUUUCCGUAACAGUUAUUCAAAACCAAUCAGUAACGUAGAUCUAGUUGUGACUAUUGGUGGUGAUGGUACUCUUUUGCAGGCCAGUCAUUUGAUGGAUGAUUCAGUUCCUGUUCUAGGUGUGAAUUCUGAUCCCACACAUGUUGAAGAGGUGGAAGCAUUUAGUAAUGAGUUUGAUGCCACUAGAAGCACGGGCUAUCUUUGUGCAGCAACUGUAAAAAACUUCGAACAAGAAGUUAAAGGCUGUUGCUGGUACUUGGUAGAAGGGAGGAAUCAUGGUGGUUUACUGAUUUACAUGCCUAAGCUCUACACGCUAAUGUUUUUCUUCAUUCCUCAGGUCAUAGACAAGAUCCUAGAUGGUCAAUUAGUUCCUUCUAUAUUAUCAAGGAUAUCAGUCUGUGUAAAUUCAGAACAGCUCCCAACAUUUGCUCUUAACGACAUUUUGGUUGCACACCCUUGUCCUGCCACAGUUUCUCGGUUCUCAUUCAAAAUUAAAAAAGAUGGCCUGCCGUGCUCCCCCUUAGUGAACUGCCGAUCAAGUGGUCUCAGAGUCUCAACUGCUGCUGGGUCCACAGCAGCAAUGCUGUCAGCCGGUGGAUUCAUAAUGCCUACUUUGUCUCAGGAUCUCCAGUAUAUGGUAAGGGAGCCCAUUUCACCUCCGGCAGCCUACUCUAAUUUGAUGCAUGGAUUAGUGAAAUCAGAUGAGUCCAUGGAAGCUACAUGGUUUUCUAAAGAGGGUUUUAUAUACAUCGAUGGCUCUCAUAUUUUCCAUUCUAUCCAAAAUGGGGAUACUAUUGAAUUAUCGUCCAAGGCCCCUGGUUUGAAAGUUUUCUUGCCACCCCUUCUAUUAUUGUAGAAAGGAUGGAUAGAGACUGUCUUGGAUAAAUUUGUUUAGAAGAUAUCGAGAAAUUUUGUCAUGAGUAACAGGUAAUCUGUAAAUUUGAGAUGAAAUAUUGUAAAUACAUGUACACUUUCGGUGGCAAGAAUAAAAUUCUGUUCUUUCUAUUGAUAACAACUACUGUAAAUUUUUUUG